AUGACUGAAUUUAAUCCAUUCGUCGAAGAACUGACAUCACCAAACGCAUCACAAAAGACUAAAGAAGCUUUACAAACAUUUUCAACGGUACUGGAAGAAGCCGGCAUCGAAUUAUCGUGUAACGACGAUCCCCACGUACUUACGCAAGAACAGGCAUUAAUUAUUCGAAACCUCGAAAAGCACUUGUGCUCGAAAACCACUCUCGAUAGCUUCUCGACAGCUUUGAAUUGCAUGCGUAAGAAAGAAAGCCUCUUUCGAAAAGCCCUAACACCGACCGUACUAUCGAAGAAAAACGAUGCUGAAUCGAAUAGGAACGCCAAACGAGAGAGUUUAUUCAAGAUAUUCUUGAACGUUUCAACGAUACAAACAUACAUAACUGAAAUCCUGCUGGACGAAAUUGCAACUUUAUGUUCGGAUUCGGUCGAUGACCACGUUUGGCUGGCUUUGCUAAUAAACGCUUUUCGAUAUAUUCCUUUUGUAAAAGAUCCGGAUUUGCUGUUCGAAAAAUUGAUCGAUAUACUGGAAAUAGCCCCGCAUCCCGCACAACUGGAAAUACUAGACAUAAUUCCCGGUAUAAUAACGGAUAGCCAAGUGAAAGAAACCGCCAGACAACUGUGCAAUUUACUGGAUGAUCCUGACAAAAGCGAUUUAACGUCUGCCGUAAUCGAUUGCCUAGAUGCUUUGGAUCUGGAUAGCGAGACCGGGGAUAUUGUUCAAGAUAAAAUUUUAGAUAGAAUGACUAGUGGAGUUUGUCCCAAUGAUUUUCCCGUCUUUUUAUCAUUUCUCAUGUCUCGUUUGAAAGCAACGACUUCAGUACCGAUUUCGAUACUUUUAAAAAUCAGAAACGCCAUUAAUUCCUUAAUGGCUCUAUCGGACCAAAGCAAAGAAAACGAAACUCUAAAAGUCCUCGUGUUUCACAAAUUGCAGUUAUUCAUGUCGAAAAGUAUACUAGAAGGCUGGCUUAAUGUGAUAUCCAGCGUCAAAUCGCACAGCAAUCACAAACCAAUCGAUUAUCUCAUACUGUUCAUGAUCUACAAAGUGGCAAUGUUCAAAAGGCGCAUCGUAGAAGCGGUGUUCAAAAAGAGAGUCCAAUCCGGUUUGUUCAAGAUCGAUUUGCUCGAGAAGCUGUUCGAAAAGUAUUUACCCCAACAGAUUUUAACAAACUAUUUCAACUGCAUUUUAGAUAUAGGUCGCAGUUUGAUCGGAUGCUCGGGCGACAACGUCCUCGACGAGUUCUCCUCGACUCUUUUCAAGUUGCUAUUCGGCUACGAAUACGCGGAGUCGAUGUACCGCAGGGAGAUACUCGACAAGCUCGUAGAUUGCACCGGGGCCGGUACGAAGAAAGCGAUCGGACACGUCUUGAGCAUUUUAUCGUCGUUUUUGAACGCUAAAGAAAAACUCCAACGUCACACGGACGUCUUAAUGCGGCUACUGGACAAAGUCGAUGAACUGGAACUCAAAGAUGUCAAAGUGGUUUUUGAAAUACUGUGUAGUUUGACGUUCGAUCGAGACGGUUCCGCUUCGGGUUAUCAAAACGAAAUUUAUAUAUUAGUCAGGAAACAGUUGUCUUGUUGGAAGAAAUCCAUCAGAUGCAGGGGUAUAAUCGCAGCCGUAGUAAUGGCACGUAACAUAGCUAAAGUAUCGGAGAACCCUUCGCAAGCUUUACCCACAUCGUCGUUGAGGCGGUUGGGGGACCUGCCAAACGGACCGGCGAAAGAAGCAGCCACUCUCUUAGAAUUGGUGCAUAAUUCUUGCAAGGAGUACACCGAUUUGACCGGACUAUACUACGAUCAAUUGGCCUCGAUGCUUAUUAUAAACCACCAUUUGGACGAUAUGUUCCUGGCGUGGCUGUACGAAACCGUUACGGCGGAUUUUCUCAAAACCUACGUCGUGGAAUCCGUUCCUUCCACUGCAAACGACUUCGAAUUGAGCUUUCAAUAUAACCUAAACAGCCCGUCCGAAGCGGAAACAUCAAUGGGCAUCAACAUCGGUGGGUUGACAUCGAAACAGAGCCCUUUGAUAUCGGUGCUGGCCUCGCACUUUCGGCUGUUGCGUUUGCUACAUUACAGGCCACAGAACGGCAAACUCUCCACUAUCGACGCUCUGUUGGGAUGCGCUGUAGUGUUACCGGAAUACGAUCCGGCCGAUUUGGAUUCGACCGAAGCCAUCCGGAUAAUCGAUUGUUUGUUCCAUUGCUGCAACUGGUUUCGGGAGAUAAUCAGCGGAUUCGUCACGCAAAAAGUUAAGAAACUUAGGCAGAAAGUGGUCAAAAGGCUCGAAAACCUUAUUGAAGUGGAGAAUAAACUGAAGGAGUGCCUACUAAAAGCGCCAGAGCAUAAGUUACCGGACAGUUAUUUUAAUGAUGGAAAUAAUUCUGCUAUUUUGAGCGUGAAAACCGGCUCAAAAACUACCAAACACGCCAAAAAGAAAGUAAAAUCUGCUUCUACAGUCGAUUUAGAUGAUACUAAUAUUAAUACACAAGCGUCAUCAACACAAGCCAGAAAGAAGAAACCUUCGGCUACGAAACCUCCGGAUGCCGAGCAUAAAAUACACUUUAGAGAUCUAGACACCGACGUUAUAUUAUUACUGAAGUAUCCGCUGAAGCUUCAAUCGGACGACUCGAUUCCAUCGCCUACGUUCACCAGCACCCAGUCGAGCACGCAACAAUCGAGGCAACAAUUAAACGUGGAUCAAUUGAAAUUUUUACUCCGAGAUUUAGUGGCGAAAUUACUGGUCACGACGCAGGGGAAACACCCGGGAAUCACCCAUUUGAACGAAGUCAUACCGCUGGAUUUUAUAACCGACAUCAAAUUUAUCCUGCCGAAUCUGGACGCCCACUUCAAGGCUAUCGUUAAAGAAUUCGACGGGUUGUUGAAAGAAACCGAUGGACGUCCGGAUUUACCGGAAAUGUUCACGACGACGGCGAUAGAUUAUAAAAUUUGCUUCGGUUUAAUCAUGGAAGCGUUUUUAUUGAUAUUCAGCUGGACGGGAUUUCAUCAUUCCAGGAAUUUAGAGGUGUUGAAGAAUAUGUUGAAAAGCAUACGUACAACGGACGAACGAUCGCAAACGUUUCAUUCCUCCCACCGGUUAAUAAUCGAAUUCAUCGAUCGAUUCGCGAAUUACACGGACCAAUGUCUGGAAUUACAACACGCCGUUUAUUUGGUGAAAAUCGUACAAGCCGUAUACGCGAUAACGACGCCCGCGGAGGAAUUGCAAAAGAAAAUUUCCUCGUUGGCCGAAAAGUCGUUGUCGAAACGAUGGUACAAUCAAAAAGGGCAAUUAGAGAGCGGUAAAAAUACUAACGUGAAUAUCGCUAUAUUAGUAAAGGCUUAUUUAGAGAGCGCCAAUAUCGAAACGUUAGUUGGACUUGUCGGAACGUUUUUAGAACAAACAGAAUUUUUGAUAUCCAAAGAAGACUGUCUACCAAUGCUAGAAAGCAUCGAUAAGUACAACAUGCACUUAUUCUACAACGGACUCUGCAACGCUUUACUCAACAGAAUCAAAUUGGAAAUUCAAUCGCUAACGAACGAUCAACACUUGACCGUUUGGUACAAUACGGCCCUUACCAUGCAAGGUUUGAUGACCAUAGCGAAGAACCAGGCUUCAAAGAGAUGUCUGGUGUAUUUCUUGAAAAAGUCCAUAGGUAUAUUGAAGACGUUCCUCUCUCACGGCAUACCCAUUUUGGAGAUUAUGCUGAGAUCGAAGCCCGACGAGGUGGUGAAUAUAUUCAAAACGAUGCAAACCAGCACGAGGUUCUUGCACAAUUUGUGCUGCUACAGCAAAUCGGCGAAAGACGUCGCUCUUAUGUCGCAUAUACCGCAAUUUAGGAAGAUUUUGGAAUCUUUAGUUUACAGGGUGGAAGCCGCUUUAGUGGCGAAUAAUUGCUCAUCGGCGUUUUGGCUGGGUAAUUUGAAAAACAAGGAUUUGCACGGUGAGGAAAUCCUGUCGCAAAGUACAGUCGUUACGAAUGAUGAAAACGAAAGUGAUGAAUUGCCUUCGGAUGAUGAUGAUGAAGAUGAUAAUAAUGAUAUAGCUGAAGAAGUUGUUUCGUUUGGGGUCGAUUGUAGCGUUUGA